AUGAGAAUGAAAUUAACACCACGAAAGUAUCAAAAUAAAAAUUAUGUGGUUUAAAAAUAAGGACUUAAACUACAGUUUCACACUCUAUAGAAAUUAAAUUAAAAAUUAUUUAGUUUUUAAUCAUUAAUUAUAAUUAAAUAAUGUCUGUAGUUUAUCAACCCGCACUUAUAAAAACUAAAUUAAAUUCUUUCAAAUUAAAAAAAUCUUGUGAACGGUUUAAGCUUCUUUUUUUAAGUAUACAUUAAAUUAAAGAAGGCCCACUGUAUUUCCCUAAACAAAUUUUCGGUAGCCCAUUUAAACUUGAUUAGCGCGCCAAACUUCUGAUCGACACUUGAGGUUGUCACAUGGAUUUUCCGCACCGAAUGUACUGAUUAGAGAUAAGUUAACCACGAAGGAGGUCUUAACUCCCACUCUGUUUGCCCCAUUUCCAUGGGCAAUUAAGUAGGCCAUGACAUGGAAACUGUAAUUGUAGUAAUCAACCAGGCAAGCCGAAUAAAGUUUACUGACCCCGCGCAUAGGAGAAGAAGAAUAGGUGGUGCAGCAGCCACGAUAGUAAAGAGAGAGCGAGGGAAAGGUGAAAGCGAAGGAGGUCGCAUAUCGAUUAAACACUCGGAAAGAGGAGGUGGGUGGGUGCGCUGGCAACACGUUUGAUUACCGCGUGUAAAUAACAACAACACGAACACUGCAAAAGUGGCAAGGACUCGUACGUUGUACGUUGUGCAACAAUCACAUUUUACAGAAGCCCCAUGGAAAACCCAAAAGUCGAUGAACAAAAGUCACCGGCUCCAAAAGGCCAGGCACCCGAGAAACCCAUUCGAAAGCGGCCUCAAGUCAAAAUCCAAGCCAGAACUCCAAAACCAACACCCACCGCCAUAAUCUGUGAAUUGACUCGUUUGAAAGCGCAGCAAAAAUAUCUUGAGUGCCAUCAGGUUAAGUUAAUCCCUAAUAAUUUUACACUCCAUGAUGACGAGGAUGCACUGGACUCCGAUCCAAAAUCAGGCGAUGAAAGAAUUGCUUUGGAAACCCCAGAAACUACUCGAAAUCCACGUCCGCCUAGCUCUUCCACUGCUGAAUUAAUUAGUCUGAUCAACGAAAUAGAGCAGGAGAAAGAAGAACUUAACGAAAAGUUGCAGCAAUAUCGCACCGCCAAGCGUGGGGAACUCAAGGACAUGUGGCACUUUGUGGCCACCAUAAAGGAGGACGUCUUCCGUCCAGAGCGUCUCAGCCAGUAUACAGUAAAUGCUUUGAGGGAGAAAAUCGUUGGUGUAAAUGCCCAACUAUAUCGUUUGACUGCCCAGAACUCAAAAGAACUUGAAGAUUUGAAGGUGGAGUACGAGAAAUUGGAGCGAGAGAACAAACUUUUAUGGAAAGGUAGCAUGUAGAUUAAAAGAUAUCAACUAUUUUACACCGUUUGCAGCAAUACUUGUGAAAUACAUUUUUGAAAACAAGAAUCAGUACCAAUAAGCCGCAUAAUUAUAAGUUUAUAAAAAAAGGAAUCAACAUAAGUAUUGAUUAUGAUUAAUUGUAGACCUUUUAAAUGUUUAUGGUACUUUUGAAUAAAAAAUAAACAAAUUAUCAAACAACAGUGUUCACUGUACAACUUUCUUGCUGCAUUAAUUUGCAUUGCCUAGAAAAUAAAAUUUUUCAUUAUACAUAGCAAAAAAAAAACAUGGAUAAUUUUUAAUUCUCAAAUAUUUUAAGAAAAUCAUUUUAAUGCAAUUCAAAUGGAACCAAAAGCAGAAACCACUUUUAAAAAUAAAAUUUAUACAAAGUCACACAAUCUGCAAGCAGCUUUAAUUACGUAUAAUCCAUUAAUUUCAAGAAAGUAUUUCAAAAAAAAUCGUUUUCCACCACAAAGCAUUACGAUUGCUAUGAAUUCCGAUUUGCAAAUAUUUUUUGAAAUUCUUGACAUUGUUUCAGGUGUCUUAUUUAAUGAACGACACUCGUAAUCAACAACAUUUUAGACCUUGCCUUGGGCUUGCCUUUUAAAUCAAUAGGACCUUUUGAUACGAUUUUCUUUUGCCUUCGGCUGAAGGAUUCCUUAAAGAAGGCGACACUGGUAUUUUUUGCUAUGACUGUUAUAGUUGUUGUUAUUUCUGGCUGCGAUUAUUUUGAAAUGUCUCAUUUGCGAGCAGGGCUUGAGGUUCAUCGCAUUCGCCGGCGACCAAAAGGAAAGGUCAAAUGGCACGUGGCAAUGGCAUUUCUCUUUUUUUUCCCCCCUUUUAUUUUGCCUUUUAUUCCGUUGUUAGCUGAAGUUCACACUGCUCACGUGGCAUUGGCGAUUUCUAGAGCGUAAUAUCAGUGCAGAAUCAGCUUUUGUUUCAUGCAAUUAUGUAAAAAUGUCAAACUCAUCUCGCUACCGUGUACUAUCUGUUUCGCUUAACAGAAAUUACGCAUACGCCGCAUUGCACUGCACAUUUUUGUCUUUAUUAUAAACAAAUAGUUUGCAUUGCACACUGGCCUCAAGUUCAAAGUCUCUCACAGUUGUGUUAAUAUAAAUGUGAUUAUUUUUUAUUUUUGCA